AUGGAUAAGGAAUAUCUAUCUGUGGAGAAAGAUUGGGACUUUAUUAUGGAUAUAAUUGAAAAUGGUGACGUUUCUGACGUAAGUUUGAGUGGAGAUGAGGAUGACAGUGUACCACUUAUUGAAAGGCAAGCUCCACAAAUAGUGAAACGUGUUGGAGCAGAUAAAGUGGGAGUGAAUGAUGUGUGUAGAAACACCAUAUCUGAAGAUGACGGAGACGUGGUGGAUGCUGAAAUGAACUUCUUAUGCAAUGAAAACAACCGAGAAUUGAAUAACCUGUGUGACAACAUAAUGGUGACACCUGAAGAAUCCAUAAAAUGGAAAUUCAAGCCUCUAAGUACCGUGGCAGAAACAUACAAAGCUCCAAAAUUUGAAGAAUCUGUCUUGUGUUCUCCAAUACAAUACUUCAAAAGAUAUAUACCAGAUGAUUUGUUCACUAGCAUGACAGCACAUACUAAUAUUUAUGCAUUCCAACAAGGCAAAUCCUCAUUCAAGCAGACAACUCAAGAACUGGAGGCGCUAUUUGGUUUGCAUAUACUGACUGGCGCUUUGAAAUUUCCCAGAUUACAAAUGUAUUGGGAUACAAGCCUGAAGGUAAAUGUGUUUUGGGAAAACAUGUCACGAUACAGAUUUUUAGAAUUGCGAACAAACUUACACUUGGUGAACAAUCUGGAGAAGCCACCUGAAAAUGAACUUUACAAAGUCAGGCCAGUUUACACAGCCAUUCGAAAUUGCUGCAGUGAACUUCCUAUAGAAGAGAAUGUUUGUGUGGACGAAGGAAUUAUUCCUUUCACUGGGAAGUUUUCUCCAAAGCAGUAUGUCAAGGGGGAAGAAGUUCAUGGGGAAUAA